AUGAACUUUGGUUGGAACAUAUCGGGUUAUAAAUACCUUGGCCUUGUGUGCGAAGGAUCAUGCAUGAAUGUUCCAUUGAAGAGUGUUCAAAUAAAAUGUAGGGUAGUAAAUAUGCUUUCAGACGUCAAGGUAGAGUUCUUGUACGAAAACUCAUUACAAGAAGCUCUGGAGGCGUCAUUUGUUUUUCCAUUGAACAAUGUGGCGGUUUACCAUUUCGAGGCACAAAUCGGUGACAAAAAAAUAGUAUCCGUGUGUCGUCCACGUGCAGAGGCUAAAGAAACGUAUGACAGUGCUGUUGAAGAAGGGCACACAGCAAUCUUGGCCGAACAGGAUGAACAUUGUGCUGAUUUAUUUAAAAUGAACAUCGGGAACAUACCGCCAAAUGGAAAGGUUGCUAUAGUUCUACAAUAUGUUGGACUGAUAGAAGGAAAAAACAUGAAGACAGAUACAUCUAAGUUUAGCCACUCUGAAAUUAUCCUAACUUUGCCAAGCGUUAUCAACCCGCGUUACUACCCGAAAGAAAAAAAGAAUUCCGACGAGUUUGAGCAGUUUACGGAGCUUGUGCUUGUGAAUUCUGUGCCCUACACAAUAACAUUUGAAUCUGAACUUUGGAUGCCGUCAAAAAUUCUGGAUGUCAAAUCAACACGUGAUAGUUUCACUUGGAACUGUACAAACAAUUCUAAUCAUGGCCUUGUCAAACUUUCCUCUGAGUUUAUACCAGAUCAUGAUCUUCAAAUGGUCCUAAGUCUUUCUGAUCCACUUACAUCUCUGGCAUCUCUGGAAUAUGGUGAUCCGAACCAGUCGUCUAUAUUGGCUAUGAACUGUUUGAUGGUACAGCUUUUGCCUGAUAUUCCUAAUGUCGUUAGUUCUAAAGACAUGCGAUAUGAGUUCGUGUUUUUAAUCGAUCGUUCAGGUAGUAUGGAAGGUGAUAACAUUUCUUACGCUAAGACCUCCCUUCUCCUCUUCUUAAAGAGCUUACCUAUGAGUUGUCGUUUUCAAAUUAUUGGCUUCGGGAGUGAUUUUGCUGCUUUAUUUUCAGAACCUACAGACUAUUCUGAAGGAUCGUUAAAUACAGCAAUGAACUAUCAAAAAGACCUAAAUGCUGAUAUGGGCGGUACAGAAGCUUACAAUGCUCUAAAGUCGGCUCUACAUUCAACACCGAGUGGUGAAGGUUGGUUCAAACAAAUCAUAUUUCUUACGGACGGUGAUGUAGGUAAUGCAGAUGAGGUUAUCGGUUUGGUACGAAUGAACGUUGACAAAGCCAGAGUAUUUACUAUAGGGCUUGGACAAGGAGUAAGCACUGCACUAAUCGGUGGUGUUGCUCGAGCUGGCAAUGGUACAGCAGAAUUUGUUCGUGAUCCCUCUCAACUUCAGUCAGCUGUGAUGAGGACUCUUUCAGCUGCAUUACAGCCAAGAGCUGAUAAUAUUGAAAUGGAUUGGAAGCUAGUCGAGAAAUUUCAUGAUGGCAAGGAGAAACCAAUUGAAGUGGUAGUUGUUCCCAAGCAAAUAGCUCCAAUAUUUCCCGAUCGGUUCUCGACAUAUUUCGGUUUUUUCAAAUCUGAUAAAUCAUCAACUAUCCAAGGACGAGUAAAUUUCAAUUGUAGUGUACUAGGUGAAAAGAAAUCAUUCGUAUUAAGUAUAUUGAAUGUGAUAUUGUUUAAUGACAAGUUGAAUUGUUCUGGAAGUCUACCGAUUCAUCGGCUAGCAGGAAAUAUGCGAAUGAAUGAACUCAUAGAUGGAUACCAUAGUAUACAAUUAAAUGAAAUGAAUGAGAAAAAUGAAACAGAAUUGAAGUCCAUACGUCAACAAGUUGAAGAUUUAUCAUGUCAAUUGAAUAUAUUAUCAAAAUUCACUUCUUUGGUCGCUGUAGAUCCAGUCAAGUUAGAUGUUGAUCCGAAGGAAAGAGUUAAAGUCACUGUACCUCUUAUGUUCCGUCGUUUCUCUGUUGCACAAAUGUCAAUGCCUACAGGGAGUAUUUGUUAUGAUACCUUAGAUGGUAAUUUCGAGGGAGCUGUUGGAUGCUGUGCUACAUCAAAGUGCGCUUACACUGGUUCGUUGGGUUUUGAUACAGACAUGUGUGCUGAAGAUUUCGAGGGAGCUGUUGGAUGCUGUGAUCAAUUUCAGGAAGUUCAACCAGUUAAAGUUAUGGAAAAACAUAUAAGACUUGCUGAAUUACAAAGUUUUUCAGGAUUCUGGAAAUUAAAUUCUGAUUUAUCUGAAUGUUUUGAAAUACCUCUUGAUAAUUUGACAGAGUUUUUAAAACAAACUGAAAAAUCCUUAUCUCUAUCAGAUGUUAUUUGGGGGACCGCUCUGGUAAUUGCAUAUCUGGAGUUAUUUAUGCCUGAGAAGGAAAAUGAAUGGCGCCUGAUAGUUGAUAAGGCAAGAUAUUGGCUCAACACUCAAGGUCAAAUAUCUCAAAAAGAUUCAAAGAAUCCCAGUGAGUCAUGUGAUGAACUUAUUGAAAAAGCUCGUCAGGUUUUAACCAAGUUAUUGAAAUCGACUGCAUCCAAAUAG